GCAGAUUUUUAUCAUCGUAGAUACACGGAUAAUCCUUAUAAUAAGUAACAUAUAUAUAUGUAUGUGUACUAUGUUAUAUAAACAUUUUUAGCAUACGUGAUCACAAAGUACCAAGAAAAGGAAUGAAGACAAUUAUCCUUUUUGAAGAAGGAUGAAAGGAAUGAGGAGGAACUUGAGUUCUGCCAAGCUGUCAUCGGACUUAUUUUUAUUUAGUAUCAAAGAAGAGUGAAGGCAAGGAGGGAUAUACACCUGUUCUGCCCAGUGUUGUCAUCAAACUUUAAUGAAAUUUUAUGAUGAUAUGCCAUUCAUUCAUUACAGUAAUAUUAUUAUUAUGCCUGACAAAUGGUGUAUACACAACCUGUGUUCAUGAUGAAGUUCAGCCUGUAGAUCCUGUAAAAGCUCAAGUAAUUUAUGAAGAAAGCACUCCACUUGAUGGUGUCCAUGUGAACAAGUGGAAAAGGUCAACAAACGGCCAUCAAUACCAAGCUAUCAGACUCAAGUUUUUCUACCUCGAUUUUGAUUUUGAGCUGACAGAAGCCGAAAGGAUCAGAAUCCAAAAAACUGUGACAGAUGCCAUUAGUUUCAUAGAACAUACAUUUUCAGUGAUACCAGUAAAUAGCAGUUUGUUACUGAAGAGGACAGGCUGUCGAAGAACGUGGCAUAAAGAGCCAAAUGCUGGAAAGUGUGCUGUAAUAGACAAGAAUUACAGAGAAGAGUAUUGUCAUGAUGCUGUGAAGAUUCCAGAGGCCCACCUCGGAUCCUUGAAGGUAUACCCUAAAGAUAGGGAGGAGGAAGUGGUGUUUCCCGCAGGGAAGGGCAUUCCUGAUGCAGACACUGUUCUCUAUAUCACAGCCAAAACAACCAAGACUUGUUACCAAAGGAAGAUUGUACUAGCUUACUCUGGUUAUUGCCAACUGGACCAAUAUGACCGCCCGAUCGCUGGUUAUAUCAAUUUCUGUCCCUUUCUGAUCAGAGCUACUAACAUGACACAAGAAAAAGUCUACAUGAGUGUUGUCCAUGAGUUGUUUCACGUACUGGGGUUCUCAAAAGGAUUGUUUGGCAAGUUCAGAGACUGCUCUCGUUCAGUUGGUGGAGAAUGUCCCAGAUAUAUGUCACGUGUGGUACGACAGAUCUACGGCAUCACACGUCUGGUUACCUCAACUGUGAUACAACAUGCCCAGAAUCACUUUGGCUGUCUGACUGAGGAGAGGUUUGGAGGACCACUACAUGUUGAGAAUGGGGUCAUUACUUCCCAUUGGAGUCCGAAGUUGAUGUAUGGUUCUAUUAUGGCUCCAAAGCUAGGAAUGGCUCACCAAACUGUGAUUGACCCUUUGACCUUGGCAUUUUUUGAGGACACUGGAUGGUACAAGGUGGAUUAUGACCAAGCUGGACUCUAUUUGUGGGGCAAAGAUACUGGGUGUAAAUUUGGAUCCCGUGAAAGUUGUCAGAAGUCCAACUUCUUUUGUAAGACUACAAAUCAUAAAUCCUGUCAUUAUCUCCACAAAGACAAAGGCCAAUGUCAGAUGGUGGACAGAUAUUGUGGUCUGGUGGACACUGAACCAGGGGACCAAUGCUCAGGGGAGAGUAAACACUCAAAAACAUCAAGUCUGGAGGUGUUUGGUCCAUCAAGUCUUUGCUUCAUGUCCAACCUAACAUUGUUGGAAGGUGAUGUUGCCCCACUGAAAGGAAUGUGUUUCCAGCACAGGUGUGAUAUUAAUCGAACUCUGGAGGUCAAAAUUGACAGUUCAGACUGGGUCACCUGUUACCAUGGUGAUAUCAUCACUGUGCCAGGUUUCCGAGGUUAUAUGAGGUGCCCAGAUAUUAAAGAAGCAGUUUGUCCAUUGGUCAAGGAAACAGUAAUUAUGACAACACUUCAAGAAAGCAGCACCAUAACACCGGAAGUAACAAUGUGGAAUCAGACCUCAUCAAUCCUAUACACUUCACCUACCUCAACUACCCAUAUACCAAUGACCAACCAGCAGAAUACAGUGUCAUCAAAUGCAAGCUCUUUCAAGAAGUUUCAGCUACAUCCAUUUCUGAUUAUUCUUCAUUCAAUAAUUUUUAUGGUAAAGUGAUUCAGCAUUGUGUAUCAUGUUAUGAUCAGGAUGAA